AUGAUCCAGAGCCUUUACACUUUACUUUGCAUUCUUCUCUCCCAAAUUGACAAUAUGAGUUUCCACGAAUCUGCCACUCACAUUGAGCUUGAGGAUGGUCAUAUCCUCAAGGCUGUCCUGCGUAACGGAGAAGGCGAUGAGCAGGAGUCUAUUCUGGACCUGAAUAGUAUCAUUGGGAACAAUGAUGGGCUAUCACAAUUACUGACAACUCAUUUUAGGACAAUUUUACUGGGGGGCGAGAACUUCCACGAAAGCGCCUCCGACAUCAGCUUCGAGCGAGAAGGAGACCCUGAGAUCCCCGUUCUUCGGGCGGUCUUGGGCAACGUUGAGGGAGAGGGCCAGGAUGCGGAUAUCAACCUCGCGGAGCGUAUCACAAACAUCAACGGAGAAUUGGUCUUUGAAUAG